UAACGGUGAAAAAUCAGAGUUGCAUUUUGCAAAAGUUUUACGCUUUGUAACGCCAAAAAAUUAAUUAAUUAAAAAUGUUUUCGUGCAGUGAAUGCAGUUUCAAAAGUCCACGUCGCUUAAACGUGCAUCAGAGAGAACAUGGCGAAAAGAAAAGUGAAGAAACCAUCUACCAGUGUAACUGCUGCAGCUACACCACAAAUCUGCCAUACAACCUUAGGAGGCAGAAAAUUCAGGAGAACCAUGGGCCGGCAUUGAAGCAGCAGAAAAUAGUACAUCAGGAAUUAGGACAUCAGGCAGUGGAGGAUCAGACAAUAGGGGCAGUGGAGGAGGCAGUGGAGGAUCAGACAAUAGGGGCAGUGGAAGUGGAGGAUCAGACAGAGUUAACUCCCAGUGACCCAGUGACGCCAGCAAAACAACAUUCCAAUUAUGAAAUUGUGGACUUUGAGGAUGAGGAGGCCCUGACCCCAAAAAAAAUGUACGCUGUAUGUCACUCGGAAAUGAAAUGGAAAACCUUUAAUUUUCAACUUAAAGUAUUCAACACCAGGCUGGCCAAACUGACGAAUGGCCAAUUAAACGAUGAUGAUGUCUUAUUGUUUACGUUACACCAAGUUGUAGAGGACCGGGGAGGAUUCCACAGGAUUAAAAACUGGGAUACGGUGGCAGCUAUUUUGGGCUCAACGCCACAAACUGUAAAAGAUCUUUAUCAAAGUAGACUGCUCCAAUUAGAAAUGACGGAAAAAAGUCGAAAAAGCGAACUAAGGGCUCUAGAUAUUCCAUUCUGGUGGGAUGACGGAGACCCAGUAUCAUUUACUAACAGACAUACAUUUCUAAACCCCAAUGUGGUGUCUAAUAGAACUGUAGAAAAUGUCCUGCGGAAAAUAUUCAACGACUAUUAUCUACCAAGCCAAGUCACGGAUGCCCCUUUCGAAGUAAAAGAUACCUGGAUGUACGUCACCAAAAUGUGUGGUGGGCUUAUUUUAAUAAACAUGGAAAAGAUGUAUAUUGAAGGUGCAGAGUCUGACAUAUGAUUUUAAAGCUCACUUUGUUUGCAAUGUAAUUGUCAAUGAUAUUUUAAGAAUCACCAUUUGUAUAUUGAAUUUUCUACUGUCAAAAAAUAAGUAAUAAAGACUUAUAACUUUUCAGUCA